AAAAAAAAAAGUACUGAAAGACAAACCUAAUUCCUAACUGAAAUCCCAGUAGCGCGAAUUUCUCCGGCCCUCUUCACGCCUUCCAGUAGUCGUCUACUCACAGUUGCCGGUGUCUCCUCGUGGUUUGUGUCUUUCCGCCUUCCCUCGCCUCGUCGUCGUCGUGUUCUUGCUCCGGGGCCUCUCCGUCACUUCCUUCUCGCCGGUUUCGUCGCUGAGUCGCCGUCGACCAUCGUGGCUGCAGUGAUGGGAAAGAUGAACAAGAAUAAGAAGGUAGGGGGGAGACAUGGGACUCCAAGUGAACAUAAUGAUAUGCAGGAUCAAGAGAUGGACAUAAGGAAAAUUAUGAAAGAAGUUGAAAAUUUUAGCUACUCACAUAUGACAUGGAAAGAACGUAAAAAGAUUGAGAAUCAAAAGGUCGUCUCUCUUGGUGGGAAGCCCCCCAAGAAACAGAGAUUACCUCUAAGUGUGGCACGUCCAACACUGAAGAAACAAAAGGAGAGAGAACAGAAAAUGCUUCAAGAGCGUUUGAUUCUUGGACAAUUUGGUGGAAAGCAUAGUGGUAGCAGUAAAAAAUCGGCGGGUAAGCACAAGGCCGAGGACAGGGGUUUGAGAUCAAGUGAAGGUCGUUUUAGAAACGGCAUACUGGAUGUGAGGCAUUUAUUAAAUUCAGCACCAUCAACAUCAAGAGAUCAUGACACUGGAAUGUCUAGUAAAUGGACCAAGAAAGGAGGUAAAGGGAAACCAGGGAAAAAGGGUGGUGGUAAGAAGCAUCGUUGAGUACAAUCCCCUAUUCAAUGCAAAAAUUUUGUAUGAAAUUUAAUGUAGUGAUUCAUCAGUGUCUAUGAAAAUUAUGACCCAAAUUUGAACUAACCAUAGAUAUUUGAAGUCAUUAGUCAUAUAAUUGUUCAAAAUAGACAAGGGAACAUCAUCCGUAGAAAUGUAAUCCCAAAACCACAUUCAAAAACCAAAAUAAAUCUUGACGAAAGUCACUACAUAUCCAAAA